GGAGGGGACAGAGUUGAGGUAAACCAGAUGCAGCUCGCCUUCGAGGGCUGGGAAGAAUAAAUAGAUAGAAAAUUCUGAAUAUCUGGAGGAUGAUGGGAGGGAGCAGAGAUUUAUGUAAUGUGGUAAAAGUAAAUGGUUAUUUAAUCUUGGAAAUUGAAAGUAAGAGCAUAAGACAGGGAAAGGCGAUAAGGAACGUCUGCUUCCUGACAAAUUCCUCCACCAAACCCGCCCAACAAAGUUGGUCUAUUAUACUUUGAACUCUGCUGUGUGGGUCUAGACUCUGUGUAACCUCUGGCUCAAACAGUUCAUUAACGGACUGCUCAGACCUACUGGAAACAUGUUUAUCUGUUACAUAUUUUUGGUUGUUUCUUUGAUGAACUUCCUGAACAACUUCCAUGUGAACGCAGAUGACUGUGAUGAAAACUGUGCAGAAAAACCUGUAUUCAGUCCAUCCAGACUGGUGGUGAAGUUUGGUGACCCAUCCUCUACCAUGUGCACCGUCUGUGAGCAAUGCACGGCUGUAUUUGGUUUGGAAAAAUCUCUGGGAAAAAACAUAGUAAAAGGAACCACAAUUACAUGGAAGGCUGACAGUGUGACUGAAUGGGAAUUACCUCUCAUGUGUUACUAUGAUAAUAAUUAUACCCAGUGUUGUAGCAGGCUGCCUGUAACUGUCUACAAGCCUCCAGAUAAUGUGUCCAUCAGCUUUGUUAAUCACACUGGGCCAAUGUAUGAGGGCCGUCAGUACAGUCUGCAGUGUACGGUACAGGGCGUUGCUCCUGUAGGAAAUCUCACUGUGACCUUCCACAAAGGACACACAAUACUGGGUCAACUAAAAUCCAACAACACUACGAGGAAACCAGUGACUGAGAUCUUCACUUUAAACAUCACCUCCAGUAAAUACGACGAUGGAGUCCAUUACUGGUGUGAAUCCAAGCUAGAACUGGGACCAGAAGGACCACAGCCCCCUCCAGUGGUGAAGUCACAGAACAUCACUGCCAAUGUGUACUUCAACUACAUCGGAUACAUUAUAGCAGCGAUACUAUGUGCUGUUGUGGCCGUCCUCAUCGGGGCAGUGGUAUACAUCCGUUACAGAAGGAAACGAGACAGAACAACCUGAGGGAUAUUUUCUGUUGUCAGGAAGGACGCUCUGCUGAGUCCACUGUAGUGUAAGUCUGUGUUAAAGCAUCAAAUGUGUAUGAAACUGUUGAAAUCAUGUAAUAUAAUGUAGUUGUUACAUCAAGUUUUAUAACCUAUGCUAAAGUAGUUUAUAUGCUGUUAUAUAGGUUGUGUAGUAAAGUACAAACCGUUUGUUAUUUUUCGUUUCUCACAUUAUGAAUAUUUAAUGGAAACAUUAAACAUGUAAGCAAUUGCACACAGUAGUUUUAUCCAUAACAAUGCAUCUAAGCAUGUAUAUUUUGUAUAAAAUCUUAAUCUGUAAAGUAGUAAAUGAAUUGUAGAGGAGUAGAAGUAGAAUACCAUUAAAUAGAAAUACUUAAAUACCACAAAUUUGUAAACAGUAUUUGAAUAAAUCAUAGUUUUGUAUUUUACGUUUGUUUUUGUAUUGUUUAAAAAUGUGUAAACCAUUUAGUGUUUAUAGUUUCAGUUUUAGUUUUAAGGUUUUUGUGGAAACAAAAUAAUGUGUAAGAAGAAGAUGUAAGAAGUUCAGAAUAGGUAUUACAAUAUGAACACACAAACAUAUGCACUAAUGCCUCCUCAUGAUUUUUGUGUUGACAAAUUUGCCCAGACUGACCGACUCAAGACAUUUCCUGUAUAUUCUUAUUUUAUUUCAGUACAUUUUGUAAAUACACAAUACUGUUAGUUAGUAUUUGUUCAAUUCUUAUUUUUGUUUCAGUUUACUAAAUUUUUUUCAUAACUUUGACUGGGAGGAACAAUGGCCUGACAAAUUUCCAGUUGUUGUUUGUUUAUCUCCGAGUUCUCCAAGUUCCUCCUAUAGUCCGACGACACUCAGGUUAGGUGGAAACUGUAAUUACUUUUCUUUCCUUGUAAAUAUUUCAUGAUGAUUCACAUGAACAAGUUAAUUGUAUUAUCAGGAUGAUAUCACCCAUCAGUGAUAAAACUUUAGUAUUGCAUUAAAGGGUUUCAAGUGAAAAUAUGAUGUAUGUGCACAUUAGAUACUGUAUGCCUGUAGUGUGGUUCUGAAUCAAGAAAUUAAAACUUCAUUUUAUUAUUUUAA